AUGUCGACGAAUGUCUUGUUUGCUCCGAUCCACUACAUAGAGAUAUGCCGCCAGCAACGCAGGACACAAAAACAAACAGGAGACCUUGUUCCGAAUCUCAAGAUACGCUGCGAUAGAGAGAUACCAUGCGGUAACUGCAAGAAGCGGGGUGUUUCGAGCAUAUGUCCCGAGGGUCAAUUGACAUACGGCAGCGGAAGGUCAGUUGAUGUUCCAUGUCCCAGUGUGAUAUGCCUAAGCACCCACGUCGAGGAUUCGCCACCCUUACUUCUCUCCAGGUUUGUUCUCGCAGGCACUACGGAACUCCAUACUCGUAUUCAAGAACUUAGUACGAGGGUAAGGAAGCUCGAGGCUGCCCUAGAAACGGCGCACGCCCAAAUCUCGAACGACGUCCACCCAUUACUAAGGGAGGAGGAACGCGUCGAUAUCACAACUUUCUCGAGCGACGUUCAAGAGGAAGUUCAAACUAGUAAAUGGGAGGAAUCAGAUACUAUAUCCGACAAGUUUUCCAUGCUCUCCAUCGACGGAGACAUUCGUACAACUCGCUUUACACCUAGCUUUUACUCCCUAUGGUAUCUUAGCGAAACAGAGCUUUACUUAACCUUGCAAGAGAACCCGCACAGCGCACCCCUACAUAAAGCCAGUCCGGAUCACAUCUCGUCAUUUCCCACAGAGCUACUUCACAUAGCACUCGGAUCCUUUGACGAUAAACGAGCAUUGCUCCAAAGAUUGCUAAGCUGUUUACCUCCACCUUCAAUUGCACAAACCCUGGUGGACGCCU